CCCGGCCCGGCCGCAGCCGCCGCGCCGCAUCAUGCCGCAUCCCGCGGCGCCCCUCGGGGCCGUCCUGCUGCUCGUCCUGCUGGCGGCGGACUCCUCGCAGACCGUGCUGCUGCGCGCCCCGGAGGCUGCCCAGUUCCUGCGGCAGAGGCAGCGGCGAGCCUACCAGAUCUUCGAGGAGACCAAGCAAGGGCACCUGGAGAGGGAGUGCGUGGAGGAGCACUGCAGCAAGGAGGAGGCCCGGGAGGUGUUUGAGAACGACCCGGAGACGGAAUAUUUUUACCCGAAAUACUUGGCUUGUAUUCAGAAAUAUGGGUCGCCGUAUACAAGAAGUCCAGAUUUCCUUACAUGCGUUCAUAAUUUGCCAAACCAGUGUUCUCCUGAUCCUUGUCACAAAGAGGGGACUGUCAAAUGUGAGGAUCUCAAGGGGGACUUCUAUUGUGAAUGCAAGCGUGGCUGGCAGGGAAAAACAUGUGAAAAAGAUAUUGAUGAAUGCAGAACGCAGAAUGGUGGCUGUAGCCAGGUCUGUCUCAACAAGCUAGGCAGCUACCGUUGCUCAUGCGACAGUGGUUACACUCUUAAAGACAGCAAAAUAUGUGAAGACAUAGAUGAAUGCGCAGCAUCAGCAGACAUCUGUGGAGAAGCUCAUUGUAAAAAUUUAGUAAGCUCAUAUGAAUGUCUUUGUGACGCAGGCUACAAGUAUGAUGACGUGAAAAAAACUUGUCAGGAUAUAGAUGAAUGUGAAGAAAAGCUCUGUGAACAGACCUGUGUCAACUCACCAGGGAGUUAUACCUGUCAUUGUGAUGGCAGAGGGGGAGUGAAACUUUCCCAGGAUAUGAAUACUUGUGAGAACAUCAUACCAUGUGUGCCUUUUGCUGUUGGAAGAAGUAUUAAAUCCUUGUACCUGGGGAGGAUGUUCAGCGGCACUCCUGUUAUCAGGCUGCGCUUCAAAAGGAAACAACUGACGAGACUUGUGGCUGAGUUCGACUUUAGAACCUUUGAUCCUGAAGGUAUCCUUUUCUUUGCUGGAGGCCAUCAAGACAGCACAUGGAUAGUCUUGGCAUUGCGCAAAGGACGGCUAGAGCUGCAGCUGAAAUACAAUGGAAUAGGGCGUGUGACGAGCACUGGACCCCUUAUCAACCAUGGCAUGUGGCAAACGAUCUCUGUUGAAGAACUCGAAAGAAAUUUAAUUUUAAAGGUCAACAGGGAUGCAGUUAUGAAAAUAGCUGUCUCAGGGGAUCUGUUUACUCUAUACAAAGGAGUGUAUCAGCUGAAUUUGACAGUAGGAGGCAUUCCUUUCAAAACAAAGGACCUUAUUCUACCCAUAAACCCUCGGCUGGAUGGUUGCAUGCGGGCAUGGAACUGGCUGAAUGGGGAGGACACCUCUAUCCAAGAGACCAUAAAGAUGAAUGAAAAGAUGCAGUGCUUUGCUGUAGCAGGUCGAGGGUCUUUCUAUCCUGGCCGAGGUUUUGCUGUGUUUAAUCUUACUUAUGUGCAACCUUCUUCUGGAAAUGAAACCAAGAAGAACUGGGAAAUAGAAGUAAAUGCUGUAAUUCAACCAGCAACAGAUACUGGUGUGCUGUUUGCUCUAGUUACGGAAGAAGCAUCUGUCCCUUUAUCACUGUCUCUGAUUGACUAUCAUUCCACAAAGAAACUGAAACAACAGUUUAUCACUGUGGCCUUGGAGAACAUAGUUGUAUCCCGACUGGCAAUAAAUCUCUGUGAUAAGAAGGAACACUCUGUGGACAUCCUCCUCAAGAAAGAUCACUUAUCCCUGAAGGUAGAUGGGAUAGCAGGAGAGAGUGAACUAAGCAUCUCUGAGUUAGAGGACAGUCUGUCUGUCUUGGAGAGCUCUUUGCAAUCACCGGUGAAGACAUAUGUGGGAGGAUUGCCAGACGUUCCUGUCACUUCUACUCCGGUCACCGCGUUCUACCAUGGCUGCAUGACUGUCAAGCUGAGCAACAAGGCACUGGACUUAGAUGAGGCUCUCUACAAGCACAGUGACAUCACCUCACAUUCCUGUCCUCCAGUUGAGGCAGGUCUGUAGGUACCACUACAGUGCGAAAGUUUUAUACUCAGAAACUUUCAAUGCUUUUCUUUUUUUUAAAGAUAUAAAUUAUUCAGAUCUACCGCACUGCGUGUAUAGUUUCUCUUAAACACUGAAGUUAUGUAGGAGCUACUGAUCCUUAUGUCAGAUUGAUUAUUGAAAUACUCUUUGCUUUGAGGUUUAAAGGUUGUAAUAUAUUUGUAAAUAGUUCAGAAGACUAAUAUUAAAUAAGUCAGAAGUACAGAAUAUACCAAAAGCGAAUGUUGUCUUUAGACCGUAAGAGACAGUUUUAUCUGUAAUGUGCAAAACAUGGUAAUAUAUGAGUGUGGACUGGAAGAAAAAUAAUAAUUCUGUAUUUUUUUUUUAUUACCAAACACUGCUUUCUGAUUUGCAAAAUACGAGAGAAUAAAAUAUUUACAUACAAGUUUUUAA